AAGAAGAAACACUUGCGGAUUGCGCCGAUCUUUCCAGAACGUUCCCGCAGGUUGCCGGAGCCGUGACCCUUGGAAAAUGGCCACGUCCUCCAAAAAAUGGAAAAUACUUCUACACACACAAAAAAAAAAAACGGGUACGCGGUAGAAAAUGGAUGGAUGGAUGGAUAUACCAAAAAAAACAACAACAAAAAAUGUCACAGCUCCAACCCUGCAAAGGUGAUGUCAUGACCUCCGCCCGGCAAGGGUGUAGCUCGUCCGGGCGACAUCACCGAGGAAUCUGACGUCAUCAGUGCGGGGGCAUGUCACGGGUCCACCUUGAUGACAUCACGUGACUUUGAUGGUAGGCGUGUGAAACAAGGGAAACCUUCUCACCGUCCCCCCUGACAAAGAUUCCCGCGUUGCUUUUUUCAUACAAACCCGUCAAAUGUUGCUCGCUCGCCACCGGAAGCGCCGUAGUUUGCCGCGUUGUCCUCCACCGCGCUGUCAUACUUGCCAAAUCCUCCACACAUGACACAGGUAACAAUGCGCACCUGACCUCCAGUAAUGUGCAGCGCAGGUGUCAACAUCACGGGUGGGGCGAAGGACUCAAACUUAGAACUAGAACUAUACUGGACAUAGUGGUCUUGGUGCUGUACCCUGCACUAAGAUCUAUUCACUGGACUGCUGGACUGAUUGUAUCCUGUGGACUAGAUUUGAUCCAUUGUGCUAGCUAGGGGAAAACAUCUUCUGGUCUUGGUCUCGGUGAGUUCUGGUCUCAGGCAAGUCUUGGUCGUAGAGCAUGUGGUCUUGAGCGCAACACUUGGGACUGGUGAAAAUCAGUAAAGCAUUAUUUGGGUCAAUAACGCCCUAAGUCUGACUGAAAUGAAACAUCAGCAGACACUUGAAUGCAAGCUACUUUGAAUUGCUUUUACAGAAAAUUCACAAGUGGGUUUUUGUCUCAAAGAUGCGACUAAGAGCGUACUGUCAUGCUGUGAAGGCAAUUUUAAGAACAUCAGAAUAAACAUCAAUCCGAUUCUUUCAUCCUUGUGGUGUCAGAAUGGAACUGAGCCUAUCUGAGAUUCUUUGGGAAAAACUACCAAGUCAAGUCGACCGGGAAACGGAAAAAUGGGGUUAUGAAUUCCAAAUCAUUCGGAUCGAGAGAACUUUUUGGAAAUACCGGGCCCCGAUCGCUCCUCUACCGUCCACGUUAGAAUUUUCAUCCUGUGGAUUAGGUCCUACUCAGCAGGCUAGGGCCUAUCUAUCCUACGGCCUCGGCGCUGUCGUCUCCUCUGGAUAGUUUCUGUCCUUCUGGUCUAGGUUCUGACGUCCAAUAUAGGUGUACAUGUUUCCAUGCGUGCUGCCGUACGCCCUCCGACUGACCUUUCCGCAGUCUCCGUUCUCUGCAUGUUCUUCAGCGUGCCCUUCAACGUGUCCUUCUGAGGUGGACUCCCGGGAUCUGGCAGAGAUGGAAGGCACCGACGUGAAGAGCAACACCAGCUUCUACCGCAUCCAAAAGCUUCUGGACCGAGGAAUCAGCGCCCACGUGUUCAAGUGUAACAACUUGAACACCGGCAAGGACGUGGCACUCAAAGUCCACAAGAACUACACGGUGUUUGAAAACGAGGUCUACAUGCAGGAGAUCGUGAGCGUGCUGGACCCGGGCAAGAAGAGCAUCGUGGAGUUCAUCGAGACCUUCGCCUUCAACGGGCACCCGUGUCUGGUCUUUGAGCUUCUGGACACCAGCUUGUUCAGCAUGGUGUACGACAAGAAAUGGAAGACCUUCUCGCCCGGCGACAUCCGACCCGUCGCACAACAGCUCCUGACGGCUUUCGACGCCCUGAAGAGCAUCGGCGUGAUCCACACGGACCUCAAGUCAGACAACAUCAUGCUGGUCAACCACAGCGCGACGCCCUUCCGGGUCAAGCUGAUCGACUUCGGACUGUCCAUCACCACCUCGGAAGCGCACCAAAGUUACGGCGUGGCCCUGCAGCCCAUGGGCAACAGGGCACCGGAAGUGGCCCUCGGUCUUCCCUUCUCCGAGGCCAUCGACAUGUGGUCUCUGGGAUGCGUCUUGUCCUUUUUGUACCUGGGAAACUACCUCUUCUUGGCCAACUCCAACUACAACAUGGUAGGUCAUCUUGAACUCUUUUUGUUGAAGCUUUCCUCGGGAAAUGUAUCGCACGCACGCGUCCGUCCGCUUUCGUCCAGUUGCCCGGAGUCGGGUCGCGGGGGCGGCAGCUUCGAAGGAGUUCGCGGUUUGGUAGUUUUCAAAGCGCCGGCAACAACAAAUCUUCAUCUUCAUGUUUGGGGUUUGACCCACCUGCGGCGUUUCCAGUUGCGGAGCAUGAUCGAGGUGGUGGGUCGCAUUCCCGAUCAUCUACUGAACGCCAGCGACAUCGCUCACAAGUAUUUCAAGAGGAGCGACAGAGACAACGACGGAGAUCAUCCCAAAUGGCGGCUCAUGACCGAGAGGGAGUACCAGGACAAAGCCGGAGUUGCUCCCGAUUCGCUGCCGUGGUCCUUCACGUGUUUGGAUGACCUGGUCAAACUCAAGCCGGAGGUAAGCGAGCCAGUGGAGUUGGAGGAUCGCGAGGCUUUUGUGGACCUCCUCAAGUGUCUUCUCCAGAUGGACCCCAAACGCAGGAUCACCCCCGAGGCUGCGCUCAAACACCCCUUUCUCACCAUGACCCACUUGCGCGACCACAAGACCGGCAGCUCGUAUGUGACUGACAGCUUUGAUAAAAUGAAGUUCUGUCCAGCAAGUAACUUCCAGAACGAGGACCUAGGUCAAACAGUCAAGCCAAGGAACUGGCGUCAAAGGUUCUGUCGUUUCCUCGGCACCAAAAGGACAGACAAUUCAGUUCCUCCACCAAGUUCUGAUCCUAGAGAUGACGAGCCUCCUGGUCAGGGUCCGGAUGCCAAGUCGAAGGCCUGGUGGCAGAGUUGCUUUCAAUUCUGCACGACCGACAGGAGGCCUGAUCCACUUCCACCGAGUGUAGGUCCUCCUGGACGAGGGCCGAAGGUCCGGUCAGCGAAGACCUGGUGGAUAAAAAUCUGUCUCUUCUUCCGAAUGAACCGAAUCGUUCCGCAACCGGACCACAUUCCCCUUCAUCAAGGCAGCCCCCCCGUAAAGGUUCGAACACACCUGGACCGGGUCCUUCGUUCUGGACCUGGCAAGUCGCCGCAACAUGACCAGGACGGGUCAUCUGCGGUUCAUGACCGUGGCUCGUCACGACUUAACCAAUCAACGCCAAUGAGCGAUUUGUCACGAGUUAAUGAGAACCAGUUCUCCCGGGUUAACCAGUCGUCGGCAGUUAAUGACCGAUCAUCACAAGUUAACCACGAGUCCUCAGGAGUUAAUAACCACCCGUCGUCGCCAGUUAACAAUGACAAAAGAGAACGGGUUCACGACGGGUUGCCACGAGUUAAAAAUGACAAAUCAUCGCGAGUUCACCAGUCGCCCCGACCGAACGACAGAUCGGCACGAGUCGCCAAGACGACACACGCUCACGUGCCGUCACGCGUUAACAAGUCACGCGUUAAACACAACAACACGUCACUGGUUAACAAGCCGUUGCGAGUUACAAAUGAUGAGUGGUCACGCGUGAACAAGUUACUGCGAGUUACAAAUGAUGAGUGGUCACAAGUUAAGGCGGCGCGACUUAAAACGGAGGAGUCGUCGCGGGUUUACGCGUCACGAGUUAAAAACGAGCCGUCACGGGUUAACAAAGUGCGAGCUAAAAAGGACGAGUCGUCAGCGGUUUACAGGUCGCGAGUGAAAAAGGACAAAGUUGACUUGAAAAGAGCGCCGGUGGGCCGAGCCACGCGUAGAACCCGCGGCAACGUGACCCUCGACCUCAACUACCUCAACUAUCUGGCCUCAAGUGUCAAUCAACACAAGACCAAAAAGAUGGGUUAAUAGGACCUUUGACCUCCUACCUCAUCUUUAAGCUUCGAACAGGAUGCGACGGAAAAGAGAGAGUUCCACAAAUUCCAGGACGUCCCGUGUUUCUUUUCAUUAGCUGUCACUUGAAUCCACAACACAAUGUUUACUUUCUUCAAAUGUUGCCUCCUUUGACUUCAUUUGAACCUUCUAGUCACCCUACAAUGGUUCUAUAAUGUUACACAGGUUCUAUAUUUAUUCUUAUUUUAUUUCUUGACAUAUAUAUAUAUAUAUGUGGCUGAAAUUCGAGUCCGCUGGUU